AGUCAUUCUGUCUGAUUCACGUUGUAGCCCAUGCGUACUUUCACGCUGGCAUGUGAACACACCUCUAGUGGAGAAGUAUUUUCCUCUUUAUAAAAGUGAUAUAAAUACACAGAUAUUAUUUAACAACAAUGGGCGGACAAGCAAAAGCUAAAAAGAAAAACAAAGCUAAAAGAAAAAACACCAAACCAAAUGAAGGUGCCUUGAUGUCACCACAGGAGAGAAUGAAAGCAAAGAUGCAGGAAAAAGCCAAAAAGAAAACAGCUGAAAAAUACACCAUCGAUCAAUUAAUCGAAAAGACUGAAGAGAGUAUAGACAACUUUGACUUUGACAUGGCCAGGCUGUACUGUCAGCGAGCGCUGGAGAUUGAGCCCACUAACCUGACCCUCCUAGACAUGAUGGGGAACAUCUGCGCUGAGCUGGGAGAUAUAGAGAAAGCUAAAGAGGUGUAUCUAAAAGCUGUGGAGCUCAGUCCAGAGGAGGGGCACAGUAAGUACAUGUACCUGGGGCAGAUUCACACAGGCAUGGAGGCUGUGCAGUACUUCAGCAAAGGAACCGAGGUCAUGCUCAACGCCAUGGACAAACACGCCAAUGAGGCUAGUGCGUUUGGAGCGGCUGCGUUCCCAUCUGAGGUUGCCGUCACAAAGAAGGACGUGUCUGUGGCCUUCUGUUCCAUCGCUGAGAUCUUCUUCACAGAUCUCUGCAUGGAGGAGGGCGCUGCUGACCGCUGCAAAGAGGCCAUCGACAAAGCUUUACAGUACGACGAGCACAACCCCGAAGCUCUCCAGCUGAUGGCCAGCUACCUGUUCAGCAUCGAGAAAACUGAGGAGGGGCGUGAGUACCUGAAGAAGAGCGUGUCGUCAUGGUUACCUAGCCUGCAGAAAGAGGAAGAGUCAUUGGCGAGCACAGAGCAUGACAUGGAGGAGGAAGAAGAUCAGAAUAAGAGCAACAUCCCGCCUUAUGAAUCCAGAAUAACAACAGCCAAACUGCUGAUCGAAGCCGAGGAGUAUGAGAUGGCCACAGAGGUGUUGGAAGAUCUCCUGGAGGAGGAUGACGAAGUCGUGGAGGUGUGGUAUCUGUUGGGAUGGCUGUUUUAUUUGCAGCUGGACAAACAAGACUUGACAAACAACGGUGUUAACUUCAGAAAAUCAGCUUGGACGUACCUUAGCAAGGCCAAAAAGCUCUAUGUGAAGCUGCGCUGUGAGGACUCACCCAUGUUAGAGCAUACCGAGCAGCUGUUAGCAGAGCUGGGUGGUGAAGAGCAUGGGGCUGCUGCUGCUGAUGAUGAUGAUGAAGAAGCUGGACCAUCUGUAGACAACAUUGAAGAUGAUUUUAUUGAAAGCAGUGAUGAAGAUGACACCAUGGAUCAUUGACUCAGCGUUUUUCACUCUUGAUUUUUCUAACUGUCUUUUAUGGAUUUAUCAAAUCAGAAUGUUAAACUGAAAGCAGAUGGCUGCAUCUUCACACAGUUUUCUAGUUUCCUCCAUCUUCCCUCUCCUAGUUACUUUCCUCCUCCCCUUCUAUUCUAGUAGAUAUGUCUGACUAAAACUGGGAUGUGUUUUCUGUUUGCCUUGUUUUUUUGCAUGCUGAGACUCCAAACCAUCAGGACAUCUGUCACACUGAUCUGGACACUGAUCAAGACGGUGAUUCAUAAUAACUUACAGUACUUCCUUUAUUUUUACUGUUUUAUUACAAAGUGUUAAAAUAGCAAUAAAAAAGACAUUUCUAAUUCCAUAAAACAUAUAUGUCCUUACAGUUUUUUUUGCUUUGUUUUAAUGUAUGUUAUAUGGAAUGCGAAUGAGAAAUGCAAUGAGAUACUGAAAUAUUUUAAAAACAAACAGCUAAAUAUCAGUAUACAUGUUUAUGUUACUUUGAAAUGAUGGUGAUGAUAAUCAUGAUGAUGAUAAUGGUGUCAUCACAUGGUCUCAUUCUGACUUCAUUAUGACUUUAGGUCUUGUGUGAAUAGAAUCAGUCAUAAUCCAGAAUCUGCACAAUGAACCCACUAUCUUGAAAACAUUUCUUCCCUCAACAUACUUGAGUGUUUGUUAAUGUCGUUCCCCUAAUGAUGAAACUAAGGAUCAUUUUGGUUAUGGAUGUGCUAAAAUAGUUUUGUUUAUCCUGAUGCAGUCUGCAGAAAUGUGGUAUAAUGCCACCAUCACAAUACAUUAAUAUAAUGAGCCUUGA